CUAUAUUACAGGGCGCAGUGUACGGCCAUCGGACUAGCUGACCAGGCGGACUUUCUAUGUCGCAAGGAUCCUCCAGACCUUCGGACAGGAAAUAAGACCAAUUGACCACCAUUUAUAUGGAACUAUCAGACACUGGACAGUAGUUUUAUUUUUUUAAUUGCCUAGCUAAAUUUUCAAUCAAAGUUUUGGAUAUAAAAAAAGGAAAAAAAAAGAACGAGCGAAUUUUAGACAAAAAGUCCUGGACAGGGAUGUAUCAGAAAGACAAGUUCCAAAAGUAUGUAAUAGUCAGCUGAAAACAGUCCGAACAAAUGAAUGGACCAUUUGAAAAGUGCCAAAUGCCACCAUCACAGCAAAACGUAUACUCCUUAAGGAUUACCACAGGCUAAAGGAUUGCUGAGGAAUUCACUUAGCAUCUAACCAAGAUUUACAGAUUUUUAUUUAUACAACCUCCGAAUACUUAACUAUGACACGCGCAGCAGCUUUAUCAUUAACAUUGUCAAUAUUUCUACAACUUCUGGGAUAUUCGAGGACAUCAGGAUCUAGGGGAGAUAAUCAGGAAGGUACAUCCAACUACAACAUCCGUAUCAACGAACAUUCAGUGACGUCGUCACAUCCAAAACACAUGAAUUUUGUGAUAGAAGACCAAGGUCGAACCGAAACAUUACAUCUUAAACGUAAAGACAAUAUCGACAUCAAUUCCCCUCUCUGCUCCCUAACACAAGGACAUACACUGUGUGAGGUUGGCGAGAUUGACGAUGUUGCAUUUUAUCAUUCAAAAGACAGAGUUGGUGCAUUCUCUGUAAAAGUAAAUAAAAAUCGAAGAAAAAAUAAACAAAUAGAGGGUGUAUUUAUAUCCGAAGAUAAAGCCCACAUGGUGGCGCCAUCAUCUCCACUGUCUCAUCACCUCAUCAACGAAUCAACACAUCAUAUCACAAAGCGGAGUAGUACGUUCGUUGCAAGUGGACGAACUGUAAGCAUCCUUGGAAGACGGAUGGUAAACAUUGUAGAGUCCUCAAAUCGCGUGAAUGAGUAUUUGAAUGAACUGAAGGAAGAAAACAGCGAUUACAUCGUAGAAGUCCUCAUCAUGAUUGACUACAGUCUCUACAAAAAAUUUUUAGACAAGGCGAGCGGACAGGACAGCGAGGCUUUGACUCAACUUCGUUACUAUUUCGCACAUAUCGUUAAUGGGAUGGAUCUCCGAUAUUCCUCCAUAAACAACACAGACUUCAAAGUUUCUAUUAGAUUAGCAGGAUUUUUUGUUGCAAAAAAUAAAACAGACCUGCCGUUCGUACUGACUUUCCGGCAAGGAGGUGAUAUCCGGUCAAAAGUUGACGGAAGUGCUACACUUCUUGGCUUGACAAAUUUUUUGAAAGGGAAACCGAAUUUACCUCACCAUGAUCAUGCUAUGUUAUUUACAGAGCACGAUGCAACAAACGGCCGAGGACAUAUACUUGGUACCAGUUACCUGAGCGGGAUCUGUACACCUAUGAGUACAUCGGUGAUAGUAGAUCAUGGCUCCUACAACUCAGCCGGUAUAGCAGCGCACGAGCUCGGACAUAAUUUAGGGGUUAUAUACCACGACGGAGACUCUUCUGCGCUGACAUUGGGAUGUCCUAAGGAGUUGAAUUACAUCAUGGCUCCUUCGUCGGCUAUCAUCAACAGCAAAACGAAGGAGUACAGCUUUAAAUUUUCUGAUUGCUCCAUUAGACAGAUUGAACUGCAAAUGAAAAAGCUUUCAAACAGAAACCGGAACUGUUUGGCAGAGGACACAGGGCCGUCACUGGCGACCAUAGUAGUGAAGCCAUAUUUGAUGAUUCCGCCAGGACAAAUAGAAGACGUACAUAAUCAGUGUAGGGAUGUGUAUGGCAAUGCAUCGUUCAUGUGUCCGCCAUCCUCAACUGAGGAGAUGUGCUAUAAGAUGUAUUGUUACGACCCUAAAAGGAAGAUCUGCAUCACAGCCAGUGAGCAGAGAGCGGCCAUGGGGUCUUCUUGUGGAAAUAAAAAGUGGUGCAAACUAGGAAAAUGUGUUUGGGAUGACAAAGCACCAUCUGUUCCAGCUGAUUGCCCGUUCCCGGACGUGCCGCCCUCGCGGACGAAAUGUAGCGAGGAAGCUUCACCUUUUAGAUGUAGAGACCCAAGCUUCUACAGACGUUGUUGCGAGUCGUGCAAUAAAAACUUUACAAAAGAAGAAUCUUGUAAAGACAUGAAAAUUCUUAUCAAUGGAUUACAAUGUGGUCAAUUUAUCCAGCGAUAUGGCACUGAUAUUUGUACCUUGGAUCCAAACGUGAUGAACUUUUGUUGUAAAAGCUGUUCAAACCCACCAGCGCCUACUGUCUCGCCAAUAGAAAACAAUUCCUAUUCACACGUGACAGCGUCUACAUGUACGGAUAAUAAUUUUGUUCGGAUAAACGGAUUGGAAUGUCAGGACUUUAUCUCUCAGAACGGACGACGAGUGUGUGACAGGGACAUGAUUAACAAACACUGCUGCGCCAGCUGUUACUUAUUGAGAAGAUAGCCCAAAACGAAUUGGAAAAUUUUGUGUCAAGCUUCAAUAGUUUAAAAAAUUGUAAAAUCAUCUUUUUCCAAAAAUGUCUGCAAAAAAGGACAAUUCUUGUGUACAUUUUCUAGGUGUGAUCGUUUUGAAUCCAAGGAGUUAGUUGUGUUGAUGUUUUAAGUUUGAAAAUCUAUCAAAUAGUGAUUGAUAAUAUAGCUUAUCAUUUUUACUGAUACGACAGAGAACGAACUGAAUCUUUGUUAGUAAUUUUGUAUGCUAAAGCUGAAGGAGCAUGACACAGCCGAGUCAGUAAACAUAAAAUUGAAAUAUGUUGUUACCUCUCGACUAGCUUCACUCAUUAAAUUCUAAAGACUUAAACCACUUUUGAUGAGAUGCUCAUGAAAUGAAUAUGUCUUAUUUGAAACUGGAUUUUGGAAAGGAAACAUUUGCCUCUUCUAUACGCAUUGACAUUUUUUGCCGAAAGUAGUUACGAAGAAAAGUUGAAGACGAUUUAUUGACGUGAUUUACAGCAAACAAGAUACACAUCACUUUUUGCUUAAGCGAAUCAAUGAAUAGAAAUUACUCAGUUUGUCAACCAAAUGCAUUAGAUUGGAAAUUCAGUUAAAGUAAAAUGGUGAUGUUCUCUACUUGAAAUAUUGUUUUGGGGAAACGGAAUAUAAACAAGUAACGCAAUAUGAACAUGUCCAAUGCAACGAUGAAACCAUUUCAGAUUAAAGGUAGAAAUUGUUUCCAUUGCCAUUGACAAUAUAUACUCUAUUGUUUAAGGGACUUGCCAAAGUCGAACGAUCAUCGGUCUUCCGUUGUUUAUGUAUCAAUAGUAUCAUUUCAGCGAUGUUAGAAAUAUGUCAAGUGCCAUAUAUCCAACUGUGAAAAGAUCUUCAUAUAGACGUUUCUAAUGUUGAUAAAAAAAAAAAAAAAAAAAAACCCAGAUCACUCGUUCACGACUGUUUUGAUUCUUUGCUGCUAACGUCUAGAGCUCUCCUUGUUCUGUGUACAAAUCAACGAAAAUCCAUUGCUAUUCUGGUUCAUGUAUAAUCAGGUUUAAAUGAACAGUCAGCGUAUUUUGUAAUCAUGUUGAUAAUUUGGUUACCAUGGACGCUUGUCGCAAUCUUUGCUAUUGUUAGAAAAAAUAUAUAAGACGUAAUAUUGUAGAACUUCGCUUUUGUAGGCGUAAUAAAUUUAUAAUCAUUUUCCAUAUUAUCUUUUGAAGAAUUGAUAAUUUUUCGUUAAAAGUUAAUCCUUAAACUAAAAGGUGCAAAAGAUAAAAAGAAAGUGUUUGACUCUUUGAAGGUAAGGGCAACGAAUUCGUAAAAAAUGAAUUUAAAAAAAUAAAAGUGAGGUUAAAAUACAUUCGCAAAUGAUGAUAUGCGCUAAAUAUGUUUUGAUUAAGGUCGAAAAUAUUUACCAGAUAUGAUGUAAUAUUGUUAAUGUUUUGACGAGAAUCAGAAGAUGGUGUUGUAACCAUGGUUACGUAUCUAUUGACUUUUACAUUAUUUAUUCAAACGAGUCAGUUACAUGAUCUCGUUCUCCAAGGAAGUGCUGUUUUGUUAGUUUUGUAAGUAUUGUUGAUUAUUAAGUAUUGAUUUUGAGUUUAUUCGACUUGCACGUAAACGGAUGAAUAUGUGCUGUACAACUGAUGAUUAAGUGUGAGUGUUUGUUGGUGAUAUAUACGAUGUUUAUCCCAUAACUACGCCCGUUUCACAACUGAUAUGCCACGUGAUAAAAUUCGUAACAGUAUGUUUUGCUUACUAAACCGCGUUGCGGAACCAUUUUUAAAGCCUCUGAUUGGUCAUUUCUGACAUCUAACAAUUCUGAUUGGCUAAUCUCUGGUCUUUGAUUACGGACUACUUCUACUACUCUCACUUAAUAUGUUUGUUGUCUGUCAAAGCAUCAACAUGGACACGUUUUUGGCUUUACCAGUGUCAACUUUGGUAUCACUUGGUUAGAGGGACGUCUUCAUGGAAAGGUCGAUUAAUCUUAGGUUUGAGUCGUACGAAAUAAAAUUUGAUGGUAAGAUAGACUACGCACAGAAGUGAGAUUUCUCAUUGAUCAUGGCGAACAAAAACUGGCCAAGUUAUGGGAUAAACAUGUUCUUCAACGAGUGACAGAUGUUUAUAUAACUCCCGUUAGUUUAUUUUCAAACUAAAAACUUUGAUAAGGAACUAACACGAGUUAGAUAAACAAUCGUCACUUGUUAGGGAACAUCUAUAGUACUUACUGUGUUUCUUUGCGUUGUGCUUUGUUUGUGUUUAGUAAUAAAAACAAAACGACUAACGUCGUCUUAAAAUACAUUAUGUUUAUGCAUGUCAGACUAAAAUCUGCCGAAGUGUUGAGUAUAAUUCUUUGUGAUGUGAUUUUCCUGCGAGAUAGAUUGUGAUGUUUUAUCGCCGAAUAAACACUGGAUACCUUUAUGAA